AUGCAGUUCUCGCCCAAGCUCGAGGACCCGAUCCUUGCCCACGAAGACCAACCCACGCCGCGCCGCCGCACCAAGCUGCGCUGGAUCGUCGGCGCCGUCGUGUUCUGCGGCGUCGUCUGCGCGUCGGUUGGCGCCCUCGUCGUGUACACGCACAAGGUGCGCAACAACGCCGCUGCCAUCACGACCAAUUUGCAGCAAGCACCCGGUCUCCUCGUCACGCUCACCGCCAAGCGCGCGAGCAUGGACUUCAACGGCCAGACGUCGGCCCAAGUGUAUGUGAUUCCGCACACGGCGAGCGCUACGGGGGCCGUGUCGUUUGACGCAUUCUUGUCGCAUGUGGGCGCCAACACGACGCAAAACUACGUGCUUUUGGGCGGCCGCGCGUACACGUCGACGGUCCAGAACGGG